CACAGUGAAAAACAGCCUGGGGUCAAAUUGACCCCAAAGAACACCGACAUUAAACAUUGAAUGGGGUCAAAUUGACCCGAAAGGUAACAGGAGGGUUAAACAUUCUGUUUAGGAUGAAGAUGUAUUAAUGUUCCAUCUGGAAGAAAACUGCUAAAUAACUGCUGAGUUGCAGCACCAUUGUAUAGAAGAAUGUAUAAAUGUAUAUAUCCGUCUUUUGUCAUAAAUCUCUAUGUUCUCACAAAAUAUACCGAAAAUAUCGGUAAUAUGUGAUUAAUCAUGAUUAAUCCACAAAAACCUGUGAUUAACCCGAUUAAAAAUGUUAAUCGUUUCACAGCCCUAAUAUAUAUGUAUUAUAUAUAUGUAUUUUAUAUAUAUACACAUAUGUGUAUGUAUAUAUAUAUAUAUGUAUAUAUUAGGGCUGUCAGCAUUAACGCGUUAAUCUAUGCUAUUAUUUUGGCCGCGAUUAACGCACUAAAAUAUUUUAGCGCAGCUUUGUUUACUUCGGGUGACGCGGGCGGAAAGUACUCGUCACACGAAACCGUCGCCAUGGUUGUCAAUCCGUUUGUCUGUCAACAUUUUGCAAAAAAAACAACCAAUGAACACUCAGUAAAUCACAAGGACCUCCCACCUCCCAGGUGAGGCUCAUUAACAACCUGUCAGUCAGAAGCCAGAGAACACGAGGAGGAGCCGCAGAGCCACGAGGAGGAACACGCAGCCAGAAGAGAUCCACCUGAACCGGGUAAGAGUCUCCACCAAACGUCACGUGUCCGGUACGUGUCACGGUGCUGACUAGUCUUGUAUUUUACAGAGAGGAUUCACCAGCGCCUGCAGCUCCACCUGCAGCUCCACCUGCAACUCCACCUGCAGGCCAGCCUCGAGGUCUCGUGCCCCGGAGGACCACCAGCAUGACACGAUGACGUAAUGUCAUGCUGGUGAAGCCAUAUUAUGUCCAGCAUCUGUCGGAGAAUAAAGAGCAGAAGGACUGGCGCUCCAAUCUGGACCAGCAGGAUCCAGUGCUCUCACACAUUAAAGAGGACCAGGAGGACCCAGAGCCCACAUACAUUAAAGAGGAACAGGAGGACCUCUGGACCAAUCAGGAGGGAGAGCAGCUUGUAGGUCUGGAGGAGGCUGGUAUCAGGUUCUCAUUCUCUCCUGUGAAGAGUGAAGAUGAUGAAGAGGAAGCUCAGUCCUCUCAUCUUCAUCAAAGACUAACUGAACACAUGGAAACGGAAGCUGAUGAGGACUACAGAGGACCAGAACCAGACAGGAAGUCAGAUCCAGAACCCGAUCCAGACAGGAACUCGGAUCCACAUUUACAACCAGUUAAUAAAGACGAUUUUUCGGACUCUUCUGAAACCGAUGACUCUGAUUGGUCACAAACCAACGAAGCCCGGUUCGGCGUCGAGGCUCAGAAAGACAACGGAGUCUCUGAUAGCAAUAUCGGCUCUUCAGCGAAAGAGAGACCGUUUCCAUGCUCUUAUUGUGGGAAAAGUUUCAGCUUGAAGGGCAAUUUGAACCGACACGUCAGAGACCACACGGGCGAGAGGCCGUUCCCGUGUACCGGCUGUGAUAAAAGUUUCAAAGACAGCGGCUCGCUUACAGCUCACAUGCGGUGUCACACCGGCGAGCAGCCAUACAGCUGCUUGUUCUGUCGGAAGAACUUCAGCGGGCAAGGAAACAUGACCCGGCACAUGAGGAUCCACACCGGAGAGAAACCCUUCACCUGCUCAGUGUGCAGUAAAAGCUUCCACGUGAAGGAACACCUCAACCGACACAUGAAGUAUCACACGGGGGAGAAACCCUUCCGCUGCUCCAUUUGUGGCAAAGGGUGUGCUCAGAAAACCGACCUGAAGAAACACAUGAGGGUCCACACGGGAGAAAAACCCUUCAGCUGUCCCUUCUGUGAGAAGUGUUGUGCUGAAAAAGGAGACUUGACCAAACACAUGAGAGUUCACACGGGAGAGAAACCCUUCAGCUGCAACGUGUGCGGGAAAUGUUGUGCCCAGAAGGGGAGCCUGAAGAUCCACAUGAGGGUCCACACAGGAGAGAAACCGUUUCGCUGCUCUGUCUGCGGCAAAUGUUUCACUGUGACGGGACAUUUGAAGAGACACAUGAAGCUCCACGCGGCCGAUGGUGGUGGAGGCGGAGCCGAUGGUGGUGGUGGAGGCGGAGCCGAUGGUGGUGGUGGAGGCGGUGCCGGUGGUGGUGGGGGAGCUGAAGCAAAUUCACAUUCAGCCAAAGAACCACAGGAAGUUAAACCUGAACGCAUGAUGGAUUUAAAUUAUUUAGAACACAACAUGUGAUGUGGCAUUCUGAGACCAGAUCACAAGUCGAGUCCAGUACCUCAAUGCUGACAGUCACAUGUUCUGUUUCUAGACCUGAAGCCAAGACUGUCAGAACCCAUCAGGGCCCGGUUAGGAUGUGGAACCGGUUCUGAUACAAAGGAGAGCUCUUGGUACCCAGUAAGAAGUGCUGACGGUUGUGUUUCUGAGGAGGUUCAUGCCGACAUGAACUCAGUCAUGGUUUAAGGAUCCGACCCCCAUCAGAGCUGAAACACAGGCUCUUGUAGCCAGCGGAGCUUUGCAUUGUGGGAUGUGGGACUUCUGGAGCUGGAUAUCUUCUUGAUCAAACCUCGUCUUUUAAAAUAAUUCAUGAAACCAACAGAGACUGGGUUCUUUUACUCUGUUAUCUUUAAUUGUGAUUUCCAUUAAAACCAAAUUCAAAGAAUUCACAAUAAUCGAUUGUAUAUAUAAUAUAACUAAUAUAUGUAUUUCCGUAUAUUAAUCUGUUUGAGUUAAACAGCUCAUAAUUUAUCUCUAAUAUCUAUUUUCUAUCAGUGUCCUUUAUUUGAUCAUUUCUUACCAUUUCAUUUUGUAAUUUUACAAGUCUACAUUGGACAUGUUUUGUAUAAUUACAGCGUUAGAAUUUACUUCAGCGUAAGUAGAGCUUGAACUCACCAUAUUGGAACUGAAUGUAACCUUCGUUAGCUGGUUACUUUUAUUAUUCUGAACAUAAUGGGAAUACAUGACAAAAAGUUUCUCUGCAAACUACAACGAGCUAACUACAACGAUCUAACCAUAUGUAGCUAACCAUAAGUAGCUUACCAUGACAGUCUAACCACAACUAGUUAAACCUAACUUGCUAACCAUAUUUAGCUAGUUAGCGUAACUAGUUAAACAUGCCAGCGUUAGCUCUCCUACAUAUUUCUACAGAUUAUUGUUCAUGUAAGAUUUCCAGGAUCAGAUAUCAGAACAAAUUUAUGCUGAUCUUCUAUUGUGACUGAAUAUUUAUUUAUUAUUCAUUUGAUGUUGACGUGGUCCAUUGAUCCGUUUAUUGAUCUGUUAUCUGCAUCGAAGUGUGUUCGAAAUAACAAUAACAUGUUCUCCUGUUCUAGAGAUGGACCAAUCAAAUGUCGUUAUUUAUAUGAUAUAUAUAUAUAUAUCAAACAAAAUUUAAAUAACAUUAAAAGUUUAUUUCAACCUGAA